UAAGAAAAUGGCGGCGGCGACUUCUGAUGAAGAAAUGGAUUCGUUGCUUUCUGCCUUCGAUCAAAUCUACGACGAGUUCAAAAAUGGAAUCUCAGAGAUUCAAUCUUUGCAACUGAAAUGCAACGCCGAGGCAAAAAAUCGUGAAGCCCUAGAAUUUUCUGUUCAUAGCCUUCAAUCAGAAAAUGAGAGGCUUACAAAAUUGUAUACAGAAUCUCUCAGAAAGUUGACUAAUAAGAUUGAACUCCACAAUAGUUACCAGAGGUUGAAAGAUGAGCUGAAGCGACUGAAUGAUGAGCAUCUACAGAAAGAGAAUCAGGAAUACAAGAAUGCCAUGGAAUUGCUUAAACAGGACCAUGUGACAAGAAUUGAAGAAUUGGAAACUCAAAUCAGAGGAUACCAGAUUCAGAAGGUGGAAAAUGAAGCUACAAUCAACCAGCUCCAGCAAGACCUGGCUGUGCAGAGGAACCAAGUGGAAUUUUUGACCAGAAGAUUAGAGAAAGUUCCUUCUGACUUGGAAUCCAGAUAUCACUGUGAGAUUGAGGGUCUGAAGGACUAUGUUCUGGUAGAACAGGAAGAGAAAGAUGAAUUAAGCAAGAAGCUCCAGAACUUGGAAAAGGAAUUGCUUAUCAGUAGAACAAAGCUGGCUGAGCACCAGCGAGACUCAUCUUCAAACCAGCAUGUGGAGACUCUGAAACAGAAGAUCAUGAAAUUGAGAAAGGAGAAUGAAGUGCUGAAAAGAAAACUGCUCGAGUCAAAAGAAGGCUGAAACAUUAUAUAGUCACUUCUUUCCGUAUUCAUAAGAUAUUAUUGAAGCAUUUUCUUCAAAUAACUGUGAUCUAGCAAAUGUAAGCAUGGCAUUUGGAACCUCAUUGGAUCAGCAACUUUUGUCAGGAGUAGAAAUAGCAAACAUUAGUUCUUGAAUAGCGCAAGUAUCUUUCACAUAUGAUUUGAAGUUGAAACAGAUGUUUUAAACGU